AGCUGACGUGAGCGCGCGGGACGACCCCUGAUGGUCCACCGGCCUUAUUUUGCUAAACUACUCAUCUAGUGUGUUUGUGUUAGCGCUCUUUACUUAGUUGCGAUGGAGCACAUGCUCACACAUAACACAACUCGUCACCCAGCUAGAUAAACACUGCGCCUUCGUCUUGUUUAUCUGCUGAGUCGCCGAGCGAGGACAGAAAAAAGGAUACGAAGGGAGCGGAUUGAGACACGGACCCCGCCUGUCAGGAGGAAGCGGCACGCAGCUCGGACUGGGCUGCGCCUCCCUCGGUCCCGUAGCUGCCGUCACGGCCGCAGCCCGUCGUCCGUGCUCCCGCGUGGAACCUGCUAUGUCCCACGGCAGCUAGCCUCGGCCGACGACGAUGGCUUCGCUGCGGAUGGUCCGCAAAGUUACGGGCGCACUUUUGGGAAGUCUCCGUCCACUUCGCUGCGGUCUGGUACCUGUUCGCCCGCUCGCGUUCCGUCACCAGGUUAGACCCAGGUGUCCUGUCCUUGGAAACUGCCAGGCUCCUUUCUACAGUACACAGCUGCCCUCCAGUGAAGUGUCACUGAGAUACAACCAUGGGCGUUUGGCUCUGGAGGUUCAUUUACCAUCCAGGAACGAGAAGUGCCUGUUCUUCCUCAGACCCCUGCUGAUGAGCGUUGGAGACCUGAUUGCUGAUGUGCAAAAGGAAGAUCCUGGAGUCACUGCUUCUGUUUUCAAGGAUGGAGAACGUGUUGCCACCUCAACACCAUUAGAGGUUGUGCUGGACAAGGGCUUCCAACUCAUCAUCAAUGAUGCAGUUUAUGACGUUCAGCCAUGUGAAACAAUGCAGACCUCGAGGAAACACGCGGCGGAGAUGGAGGACGUGAAACAUGUGGUGAACCUGCUCCACUCAGCGCUGCACCUGCCUGGACACCAUCUGCUCAAAGAGAGGCAGCUGCUGGAAAAGCUGGACCUGAUUAAACAGGAGCUCUCACCACUUGAACAGAUGAAGGCACAGCUGAGCCAAACAGCAGAGCGUCAGACGUCCAGGGUUCUAUGGAGCGGCUUGGCCCUGCUGUCUGUUCAGGGGGGGGCUCUAGCCUGGCUCACCUGGUGGGUCUACUCAUGGGACGUCAUGGAGCCGGUCACUUACUUCAUCACCUACUCCACCAGCAUUGGAAUCUUUGCUUAUUAUGUCCUGACCAAGCAGGACUAUGUGUAUCCAGAGGCUAAAGACAGAAAGUUCCUGAAUUACUUUUAUAAAGGAGCCAGCAAGAAGAAAUUCAAUGUGCAGAAAUACAAUGAGCUGAAGGAUGAGCUGGCUCAGGUGGAGGAGGACCUGAGGCGCCUAAGAUACUCAACACACCUUCAGCUGCCACUUGAACAGAUUCAGCCAAAGCCAUGAAUGAAGUCAAGCCAUGAAGAUCUAUCACUUGCAUUGACACGCUCUUUUUAUUUUGAUAAUGGCACCUCUUCACCAGAAGCCCAUGUCGUUAUGUUACUUUACAGUCUUGUAAUGAUGAUUUAAGAAAUGAAAACACUGAAAUAAACAGGAGUAAAAGAAAUUAAGAACUUAA